AUGAAGAAAUUUAAUUUUCACAAAGUUUUGGAUGGCUUAACUUCAGCACCUAGUGGAAACAGCAGUGCUGCUGGGCCUGGCAGUGCUUCUGUGCACUCCGGAGGGACUGCAGAGUCUCUAAGAGAGGAAAUCCAGGAGACUCUCACUUCAGAUUAUUUUCAGAUAUGCAAGACUGUUCGGCAUGGAUUUCCAUAUCUGCCCACCACCUUAGCUUUUGACCCAGUUCAGAAGAUUUUGGCUAUUGGGACAAGAACGGGUGCCAUUCGAAUAUUGGGCAGGCCAGGAGUUGAUUGCUACUGUGAACAUGAAAGUGGUGCUGCAGUUCUGCAGCUUCAGUUUUUAAUUAAUGAGGGUGCUUUGGUUAGUGCAAGUUCAGAUGACAUGCUCCAUUUGUGGAAUUUGAGACAGAAACGGCCAGCAAUUCUCCAUUCCUUGAAAUUUAAUCGAGAACGGAUCACUUUCUGUCAUUUGCCUUUCCAAAGCAAAUGGCUCUACGUUGGAACAGAGAGGGGAAAUACACAUAUUGUAAAUAUUGAGUCCUUCAUACUUUCUGGAUACGUUAUCAUGUGGAACAAGGCAAUAGAACUGUCCACAAAGACUCAUCCUGGGCCUGUUGUGCAUUUGAGUGAUAGCCCAAGAGACGAAGGGAAACUGUUGAUUGGCUAUGAAAAUGGGACUGUGGUAUUCUGGGAUUUGAGAUCAAAAAGAGCAGAUUUAAGAGUAUACUAUGAUGAGGCUGUUCAUUCUAUUGGAUGGCAUAAUGAAGGGAAGCACUUUAUGUGCAGUCAUUCGGAUGGCAGCUUGACGCUGUGGAAUCUCAAAAGUCCCAGCAGACCUUUCCAGAUAAUCAUUCCACAUGGUAAAAUUCACCGGGAUGGAAAAAAAGUUGAAUCUUGUAAACCAAUUCUUAAAGUAGAAUACAAGACCUGUAAAAACAGUGACCCUUUUAUAAUUUUUUCUGGUGGACUCUCUUAUGACAAACCUUGGAGAAGGCCAAGUCUGACGAUUAUGCAUGGGAAAGCAAUUACAGUGCUUGAAAUGGAUCAUCCCAUUGUUGACUUUUUAACUCUUUGUGAAACUCCAUACCCAAAUGAAAUUCAAGAACCCUAUGCUCUAGUUGUACUGUUGGAAAAAGAUCUCAUUGUCAUUGACCUGACUCAGAGCAAUUUUCCAAUUUUUGAAAAUCCAUAUCCCAUGGACAUUCAUGAAUCACCAGUUACCUGCACAGAGUAUUUUGCUGACUGUCCUGCAGAUCUGAUUCCUGUGCUAUAUUCUGUAGGCGCUAAAUAUAAGAAGCAAGGAUACAGCAACAAGGAGUGGCCUAUCAGUGGUGGAGCAUGGAAUCUAGGAGCACAGACAUAUCCUGAAAUUAUUAUUACAGGACAUGCAGAUGGAUCAGUAAAAUUUUGGGAUGCUUCUGCCAUUACCCUGCAGAUGUUGUACAAGUUGAAGACCUCAAAAGUGUUUGAAAAACAGAAGCUGGAAGGAAAAUCAGCAGGAGAAAUAGUUGAAGAGGAUCCUUUUGCUAUCCAGUUGAUGUAUUGGUGUCCAGAAAGUAGAGUGUUCUGCAUAGCAGGAGCCUCUGGAUAUGUUGUUGUUUACAGAUUCAGCAAACAUGAAGUUAAUUCUGAAAUAUCAUCUUUAGAAGUACAACUUCAAAGUGAAGCAGAAUACACCAUUAGUCCAGAGGCAGAAAUGAGCACUCCAUUUCCAAAUGCCUCUUCUCAUCUUUCAUCUUUAAAAGAUCUCUCAGGCAGUACAAACACUGUGGAAUCUGAAGAAACGAAGGAUAGUAGUCCAUGCCUCAGUGUCAAGACUCGUGCUGUGAGGAUGCCUCCCGGGUACCAAGCAGACCUGGUUAUUCAGUUGGUAUGGGCAGAUGGUGAACCUCCCCAACAAAUAACAAGCCUGGCAGCAAACUCAGCAUACGGAUUAGUUGCAUUUGGAAACUGCAGUGGCUUGGCAGUUGUGGAUUUUAUGCAGAAGACUACACUGCUGAGCAUGGGAAGUUUUGACCUCUAUGGAUCAAGUGAUCUUUAUCAACGUCACCCUCGCUCUCCAUGUAGAAGCAAGCAGUUUCCUGCAGGCCUUAUUGAGUUAUCAGAUGGCCCAGCUUCAUUAGAGGUAGAACGGUGCAGGUCCCCCACAACCUCAGAUCCUGUAAAUGGACACUGUACAAGUCCACCCUCCCAAAGCUGUAACACUGGAAAACGGCUGUCUAGUGCAGACAUUUCAAAAGCAAAUCGUCGUGGUCCAGGAAAGCCCCCAUUUAGGAAAGCACAAUCUGCUGCUUGCAUGGAGAUUUCUUUGCCAGUUACAAUGGAAGAGAACAGAGAGAAUCCCUUCAGCCAUUCUCGAAGCUCAAGUGUCUGCAGCAUUGAUAAGGAGCCCAAGGAAGCAAUUACAGCUUUAUUUUUCAUGGAGUCUUUUGCACGGAAAAACGACACCACAGUGUCUCCUUGUCUUUGGGUUGGUACAGCCUUGGGUAUGGUUUUGGUUGUAUCCCUUAAUCUGCCCACUGCAGAUGAAUUAAGGCAGACAGAACCAGUAAUGGCUUCUCCAAGUGGUACAGUUCUGACACUGAAGGGAGCAGUGUUAACUUUUGCUUGCUUGGACUGCACAGGGAGCUUAAUGCAUCCACCAUACGAAGCAUGGAGGGAUCCAAACUGCAUUGAUGAAAGUGAAAGUACAAAGAAAAGAAAACUCGUCCUGUGUUCUCCAUGCUCCCAGGAUGUUGGAGAUCAUCACCAGUUUGCCAUUAUCUGCUCAGAGAAACAAGCCAAAGUAUUUUCACUGCCAUCCCAGAUAUGCCUGCAUAUUUACAAGUUCACAGACACAUCCUUUCUGCUGAGGGCAGCCGUGGUGACUGUGUAUAGCAGUGUUUGCCUGGCAUGCCUCUGUGCCAGCGGGCAUAUCACGAUCCUGAGUUUACCCAGCCUCCGUACAUUGCUAGAUGUUAAUCAUUUGCCUGUAACAAACAUGAGGAUUGCCAGGACCUUUUGUUUUACCAAUGAAGGACAAGCUUUGUAUCUUGGUUCUCCCACAGAAGUCCAGCGACUGAACUACAGUCAGGAAAUGUUCGAUAAUCUUCAGGACAUGCUUGGGGAAUUGUUCACUCCCGUGGAAACCCCCGAGGCUCAGUACAGAGGCUUUCUGAAAGGUCUGUUUGGUGGGACUGGUGGAACGCUCGACAGAGAAGAGCUCUUUGGUGAGGCUACAGCAGGAAAAGCAUCUCGCAGUCUUGCUCAGCACAUCCCUGGGCCAGGGGGAGUUGAAAGCAUGAAAGGAGCUGCAGGGGGAGCGAUUGGAGAUCUGGCUCGUGCCCGCCUCGCUCUUGACGAGAGGGGACAGAAGCUGGGAGAACUGGAUGAGAAGACCGCAAGAAUGAUGGCAAGCGCAGAAGCUUUCUCCAAGCAUGCACAUGAGGUAAUGCUGAAGUACAAGGACAAGAAAUGGUAUCAAUUUUGA